AUGCCGGAGCUCGUGUCGAUCGUGAAAACCCCCAAGGAGGCCUUCAUGGGUAUGGUAGACAAAGGCGUGUCGAUGGGCGGCGGCUCGUCCUUCAAGAUCUUCCACCAGUCUUUCUACGCGGGUUGCUACAUAGGCUUCGGGGGCAUGCUGUCGAUGGUGGUGGCUGGCGGCCUCGACAGCGCAGCCCAGGACAACCCUACCAUCCAGACAUUCGUAUUCGCUGCACUUUCCGCUGUGAAUCUGCUGAUCAUCCUCCUCACAGGUGGGGUGCUGAUCCAGGUACAGCGGCGACCGUGCCUGCCGCGGUGUUUGAAGGCAAGCUGCACCGGAUGCAGAUCCUGA